AUGUCCGCAACCGCUUCUGGCUCGAACGCCAGACCAAAUGGCUCAGCAACUUCCAGAGAGCACAACCAGGGCAAUCAGGAUAGAAAAUACACUCCUCAACAGAAGGCAGAAGUUAUUCGAAUACGGAGAUGCACUCCGACAUCAUUCUAUGAGAUCCUAUCCGUGGAGAAGACUGCCAGUGACGGCGAGAUCAAAAAGGCAUAUCGCAAAAUUAGUCUCUUGACCCAUCCUGAUAAAAAUGGCUAUGAAGGUGCCGACGAGGCCUUCAAGAUGGUCUCCCGCGCCUUCCAGAUUCUUUCUGACCCAGAUAAAAAGUCAAGAUAUGACCAGUUCGGUGGGGACCCAGACAAUCGCUUUUCUAGUUCCGGUGCCGCCGCCGCGGGGGCAAGUCCUUUCAGCGGUUUCGCAAGAUCUCCUGGAAGAGGGCCAAUGUACGAAGAUGAAAUAUCCCCUGAAGAGUUGUUCAAUCGCUUUUUCGGAGGCGGAGGUAUGGGCCCGGGCGGCGGAUUUGGUGGACCUCAAUUUGUCUUCAAUAUGGGAGGUGGCCCCGGGUUUACCGUUCACCGGAUGGGAGGUGGAGGUCCCCGACGGCGACCUCGCGAUGCAAGCGCCGAGCCCGCUCCGAACGGAAUAUCCGCAUUGACUCAACUGUUACCGUUACUCUUGCUUUUUAUCCUUCCUCUCCUCACCUCGUUUUUCUCAGGAUCGACGCCAUCUGGGCCUCAAGUUCGAUUCGAUUCACCCGCUCCACCGCAUACGAUGCACAGAGUCACGCCGAGAUACAAGAUCGACUAUUUUAUCAAUCCGGCAGAAGUGGACGGGUGGAAGGCGAGGCAAUUUAGUUCUUUGGAUAAGCAAGCAGAAGUCGAUUACAUCACGACACUGAAAUACCAGUGCGAGAACGAAGUUCAUCGAAAGCGGCAAGAAAUCAACGACGCAACUGGCUUUUUUUACACUGACGAAGACCGAGUGCGGAGGGCGAGAAAUAUGCCCAUGCCUGGAUGUAGACGAUUGGAUGAACUCAAAAUCAGUCUGCAAUACUAG